AUGACCAUCUACAAGCCUCGAAUCUUGAAGGUUUACAAUUAUAUGGCGAAUAUUGAUGUGGAGAUAAUCGCAAAGCAAAUGUUGCAGAGGAAAUAA